AUGAAGGUACCCAGCAUCUCGAGUAAUACCGCACAACAAGCUCUGAUGCGAGCAUGGCGAGUCCAAGGUCCGGAGACACUGCCGCAACUGGACGAAAUUCCUGUUCCAGCGAUCGCAAAGCCUAACCAAGUUCUCAUCAAAGUAAAGGCAGCAAGCGUGAAUCCGAUAGACACGCGGAUGGCGAAAGGAUAUGGUCGCUCUAUUCUUGGAGUCUGGAAACAAGUUACUGAAAGGAACCUUGGAGCAAGCCUGUUUCCUCUGAUUACUGGAAGAGACUGUUCUGGUGUUGUGGAAAAAAUUGGUGACGAUGUCAAGAUGUUGCGUCCUGGCGAUGAGGUUAUGGCAGUCAUACCAGUCAUCUUGCCUGGAUGUCAUGCCGAAUAUGUUUUGACAGAAGAAUCCUGUUGCACCUCAAAACCUAAAAAUCUCGAUUUUGCACAAGCCGCCGCAUUGCCUUACGUCGCUAAUACCGCUUGGGCUGCUCUUGUCGGUAAUGCAAAGAUUAAUCCGAGCAAAAUAUCAACCAAGGCAGUGUUGAUUCACGGUGGUUCUGGAGGGAUAGGGACUAUGGCUAUACAAAUGCUCAAAGCUUGGGGAGUUGACAAAAUUGUCGCUACUUGCUCGACGGAAAGUGUCGAUACCGUUCAAAAGCUUGGUGCAAUUCCCGUUGACUACAAAGCAGCAAGUGUUCGUGAUCAGAUCAAAGAGCAAGGACCAUACGAUGUGAUUUUUGACUGCGUCGAUACCGAGUUGGCGAGAUGGAGUGAUGAGGUUAUGCGAGACUGGGGCAGUUGUGUUCAUGUCAGCCUGAUAAAUCCUAUGUUGGAAGAUACUGACAGAUAUGGAGUUGUACUCGGUAUGGCAUGUACUGCUUUGAAGUAUAUGGCUAGAAGUUAUAAGGCUGCUCUACACGGCAAAUGGUUUUCAUACGCCUACUUCGCUCCAAGUCGAGAAUGUUUGGAACAGCUUACAACAUUCGCAACAGAAGGGAAGAUAAAACCAAUUGUGGAGCGAGUCCUUCCAUUUGAAGAGCUGCCAAAAGCCUUUGAGAAGAUGCAUAUAUCUCGAACUUGUGGCGCUGCUGCCCGGCAGGCUAUGAUGCGUGCAUGGCAGGUGCAAGCUCCUGCGGAACCAUUGCAGUUGAAUAUGGUGCCCAAGCCGGUCAUUACAGCCUCUGAUCAAGUCCUUAUCAAAGUCAAGGCAGCCAGUGUGAAUCCGAUAGAUCCUAUGAUGACGAAAGGAUAUGGGCGAGAAAUUCUAAGUGUAUGGAAGCAGCUUGAUGAGUGUGAUCCUAAAGCGAAACGGUUUCCAUUGACUGCUGGACGAGACUGUGCCGGAGUAGUGGAACUCGUUGGCGGCGGAGUGAAGCGCCUGCGGCCUGGCGAUGAGGUCAUGGCAGUAGUGCCAGGCAUCAUGCAAGGUAGUCAUGCUGAGUAUGUUGUAACGGAGGAGUCAUGCUGCUCUCCGAAACCUUCCAAUCUCGACUUCACUCAGGCUGCUGCGAUGCCUUACGUGGCCAGCACUGCGUAUGCAGCUUUUGUAUUCUUUGCAAGAAUGAAUCCAGACAAGAAACCAUCAGAAAGAGUUCUCAUCCAUGGUGCUUCUGGAGGUGUGGGUACUAUGGCAAUACAAUUGCUCAAAGCUUGGGGCGUCGAUAAAGUUGUUGCUACAUGCUCUAAAGAGAGUAGCGAUGCUGUCCGCGAACUUGGUGCAAUUACUGUUGACUAUCGCGACCCUGACGCUCGUGAUCAGCUUAUCGAAGAAGGACCAUACGAGGUUAUUUUGGAUUGUGUCGACUCAGAUCUGGCGAGAUGGAGUGACCAAGUGCUCGGCGUGUGGCGGAAUUGCGUUCACGUCAGUAUAGUUAGUCCUAUGUUGCGAGACACCGAUCGCCAUGGAUUUGUGCAAGGCAUGAUAUCCACCGCAAUCAAGUAUAUGUCACGAAGCGCUGAAAGUGCUCUGCGUGGUCGAUGGUUCACUUAUGCUUUCUUCAUACCCAGCGAGAAAUGCAUGAAGCAACUUUCAAAAUUUGCAUCUGACGGAAAGAUAAAACCAAUAGUGGAGCAGGUACGACCAUUUGGAGAAUUGCCAGCUGCGUACGAGAAAGUUUUACAAAUGCAUGGCAAAGGGAAGUUAGUUUUGGAAUGGUAAAGCUUCGCCUUAUUUGCACAUUUGCUCAAUUAGUCAUUUUUGACUUCAUUUAUGUGAUUUAUACGAAGAUAGGGUAUGUUAAAAUUGCUUUCCUACUUUUUUCAUUGACUAGAUCUCACAAAUGCU